UUCCGCCUUUAGGUGGGACAUGAUCUCUUUUUUUAAUAUAUAAAUCUGCAUGAGCUCCUCGUUUCCUCUCUACUCUUUACCAACCUUUACAAAUUUCCUCUUUCUUUCGGAGCUUUAUCUGUAAAUUCGAUUCAGUUCAUUUCCUUGAAUUUACAUUUUUCUUUUUCUAUUCUUUCUGGGUAAUAGACGGUUAUUGUCUCUCUUGCUCAGUCUCCUAAUCCUUUUGUGUUUUAUUUGAAUUUUUCUUUUCUUCGUUGGAACUCAUUAUCAUGGCUUUGCGUAUGCCAAACUUCCGUAAAAUCCCCAUGGAAUUAAUGCCUUUGGGGGCUGCUGUUCUCGCCGCUUGUGGCUUUGCUACCUUCAGUAUUACUAAAAAGUUGGUAGCUGAUCCUGAAGUGUUUGUUCAUCCUACCACUCGUCGUACUACUUAAGAAGUUGUUGGUUUUUCGUAUAAUUAAUUUUGUGAUGUGAUUGAUGUCCAUAAAACUCUCUUUUUUUGAGAGAAACCCAACGAACAUGUAGGGUUUCUUGUUUCGAUGGUUUCAUCUUUGAUUUGUUUGUGUUUUAAUUUUUAUUCAUUGUUCUUUUUCUCUUGCUUCGUGUUCGUUGCAAUAGAAACCUUUUCUUUUUUUAUAUUCAAGAUGGGAAACCAUGCCUUGCUUUUUUUUUUGCAUGUUCACGUCUUUGUGUACUAAUACUAUAUUUAUGGUUAAUAAAAAUAUAUUUAUCAAAUAGUUUGUACUUUUCACGAGA